AUGGAGGGUGAGUUAAAGAACAAUGUUAAGGAUUAAACAUCAAACAAACAGGGAUUAUGGUUAUCAGUUGUUCCGCUUCAGCGAGUUAUCUUUAAAGGCCAAAACCGUGCAAAACUUGAAUUUAAAUCUAAGUAUUAAUUUUCACCUAAAAUAAGGUGGAACAUAGUGUUUUAUAGUCUAAAGUUUUGAUUUUUAUAUUAAAAUAUUGUUGUUUAUAGGCUAAAUUUAAAAAUAUUGUUGUUUGUAGACUAAAAGUUUAAAUUAUUACCUAAAAUAUUUAUUUUUCAACUAAAAAGUUAGUGUUUUUUGACCUAAAACAUAGUUCUGAAGCAAGGUAUUAGGUUGAAACUACUUAUUAAGGAAAUUAUACGUAUUAGAGGUGUUGCCAAAGUAACUUGUCUUUACUUUGUUUGUUACUUUGGAAAUGUCUUCGAAGUAAACAACUACCUAUCUUACUAUUAUGUUUCCGUUAAGAGUUAAUUGUAAGUUUAUUAGGUGUUUGCUCAUAAAGGCUAUAACAAGCUUAUUGGCUCAUAAAAUCAAACACUUAGUUUAGCCUGGAUUUGAAGCCUGUAGAGGGGUUGGAUUUUAAAAAUUUCCACAAAAAUGUAAAUUAAAAUUCGUUGAAGAAUCGUUAUAUUCAAUAUAAAGCAUGGUGUUUAGUUGUAGUUGCAGCCUUCAAAACGUCUCUUUUCUAAUUUUAUCAUGAAUAACCUUGACUUUUUUUGGAAUUUUAGAAAUUCGAACUGAUAGGGGGCUUAUUCUUUUGUUCUCGACGUAUCUGUUGUACUUUAUGUCACUUUCAGCUCAAAAAGAGUCCCAGUUUCUGGCGCCGGACAAUGGUGCCAAGCCUGAGGCCGCGAAUCUGUGGUCGUGGAAGUCGCGCCGCUUUCGUGUCGCUAUCAUAUUGGCAUUGGCGUUGUCGAUUGAGGGCUUCAUGAGGAGCAACAUCAACAUGGCCAUGGUGUGUAUGGUGAACAGGACGGCGUCGGGGGUUCCGGACAAGGUCAAGAAUCUGCAAUUGGCACCAGAAUGCACCAGUGGUACCAUUAAUGGAAAUACUAGUGGAAAAUUUCUUGAUCCGGUUAUUCUGUCGGUAGGAUUUUAGCUUUUUAUGUUUGAAAAGUUACAUAUAUUGGCGGAAUGUGAAGAAAAUUAUAUUUGUUACCUAAAAUAUACAAAAGUUACCAAAAAAAAUUACAGUAAUCUUUUGCAGAACGCAGACGUAGUACUUUCAAAGCGAGAACAGGCCUAUGUACUAACUUCUUUCUACUUUGGCGGUCUUUUUAUGGUUAUCCCCGGAGGCUAUUUGUGCGAUCGUUUUGGUCCCAAACAGAUUGUCUUUAUCGGUGCUGUCAUCAACGUGCUUGGCACCAUGUUAUCACCUGAAAUCGUCAGACAUUUUGGAGCAUGGGCUUUGAUUUUUGUUCGGAUUCUAAUGGGUUGUGGCCAAGUGGUACUGGUACCAUGCAUGAACGUUCUUGUGGCACGGUGGUUUCCGUUGAGAGAGAAAUCGACAGCCAUUGCUAUCACUACGACCGGAAAUCAGGUAUCGGUGGUGGUGGCAUUGCUACUGACAGCUUAUCUCUGCCAAUGGACUUGGCUUGGGGGAUGGCCUUCUGCUUUCUAUGUCUAUGGUACGUUGGGAUAAGUGAUAAUUUUGUAUUCAUCUUAAAGUGAUAGUUAGUACUAGGGAUUUAUGACUUUAUUUUAAAUUCAAUUACAAUAUUUUUAUUAAGUUAAAGUUAAUGUUUGGUUAAAACUUUUACUUUAGCUAUUAUGGGUAUAUUCCUACUGAUCUCAUGGUUAUAUUACAUCGACGACACUCCCGAGAACCCCAAGUAUUGUCCGCCGAAGGAACUGGAGCUGAUUCAAGCAGAUGGCCACAUGUCCAAGCAGAAGGGAGAAAAGGUUGUGACACCGUGGAGGAAGGUGACGACUUCACUGAGUGUCUGGGCCAUCGCUUUGUCAUCAUUCAGUCAAAACUUUAUGAAUGUUGGCACCAUCGUAUAUCUACCGGCUUACUACGAGAACAUAUUGGGGCUGAAGUUGAGCAGGGUAAGGAAUGUGCUUAUAUCUUUUUAAUUAUGACUAGAGUUUGUUAGGGGAGGACAGGUAAAGUUUUUUUUUGAAAAAGUGUGUUUGUUACCUAGAAAUGUAAAUCUUACUGUAUUUUAGAACGGAAUCAUGUCAGCAUUACCGUUUGUCGUCCAAUUGUUCACAAAGAUAUUGUUCACCUGGUGGGCUGACUGUCUCAAGUCGAGGAACAUUAUGACUCUGAAUGGGGUCACCAAGCUGUUCAACUCAUUGGGUGUGUUAAUAUCAGUAUUUCUGUGUUUUUUCUUUGACAAUUUGGUGAAAAGCAGAGUUUUAUGUUCUGUAACACUAAAUUACAAUUCAAAACAAUUGCCGUUUUUAAUUUUAGCCAGUUUCGGCGCGGGCAUCUGUUACAUUCUGAUAGCGUACUGUGAUUGCACCACGGCCAAUUGGGCCAUAGUUUUGGCUACAGUUGCCGUAGGCUUAUCUUCUGGCUUUAUUCCUGGUUACAACACUAGCGUGGUUUGUGUAGCACCACGCUACACUUCUUCUGUUGCUUCGUUUUCGCGAUUUUUUGCUCAAGUUGCAUCGGUUGCGGCACCGUACAUGAUUGGAUUGGUGGUAAAAGAUGACACGAAGGAGGAGUGGAAGAUGGCAUUCUUUAUAAUGGCAUUCAUUCUCAUAUCUACUGGGUUCAUCUUUCAGUUCUGGGGCACUGGUAAGACGUGGGAUGGUUAACAUGAGAUCAAAAGAUGAAGUUGCAACUUAGUUUUAGUUAAAUUAAGCUACCAUCAGCUAAAAAAUUUAAGCAUUUUUUUAGAGCUAUUAUUUUUUUUACCAGCUAACGUUGUCAAAUUUUAAGAAUUGUUUAUCUAAAAAGUUUAAAAUUCAAUCGUAUUUUAGCCAGCGUCGAAGAAUGGGCCAAACCCCGGCUGUCAUUAGAGGAAACCGAGGCUCAGAAGCCGUUAGAAACAUCUACUUAA